CUGAACUCACUGCAGGUCGACGCCGAGCAUUUUGCUUUGCAAGACGUCGACAAACCAUUGACCUUCUUCACGAUUUACGACGCUCCCUUCGAGCUGUCCGAUCUGGCCAUAAUCAAGCGCCUCUCGCCAUAUUGCGAAGUCCUCCAUUACCGUUGGGGUAAGCAUUCGUUGGCUCCCAAUAUUUAUAAUGGCCUCUGUCAUUACCGGGUCAGGAUUUCCAAACCGAUCCCCAGCUUCCUCCGGUUUGGUAACUUUCAAGUGUUUGUAAAACAUAGUUCUCAAGUCCCUACGUGUCGUAAGUGUAAUCGUCGUGGUCACUUUAGUAAUGUUUGUCCUAACCGUGUGUGUUUUAAUUGUGAGGGUCUCGGCCAUGAGGCCUGUGAGUGUCCUUGUCCUGUUUUGUGCUGUCUGUGUAAGGAGGAAGGUCAUCUGGGGAUCAAUUGUACAUACUCGUGGUUCUGUUCUACGGUCUCUCCAACUGACGAGCAGGACGAUGUCGCGGUAGAAUCUGACGACGAUGAUGCUUUGAACGAUUGCUCCUAUGGUCGAGGCACAGAUUAUCUACUUCCCUCCUCCCCCUUAAUCUCUGAAACUCCUUCCCCCGCUGAUGUGCCUGUUGACGAUACCUCUUCUAUUCCUGAUGCUGCUCUAUCCGACUCUAGCGAUUCGCCUUUGGUUUCUUCUCCCGAUUCUCCAGUUCUUAAUACUGAUGGCCUUGUAAAAUCUGUUCAAUCUGUGCCCGACCCGCCGCGACAUCGUAUUCCUGCUCUUCUUUCUGACUCUCUCUCAGCCACUUCUAGACGUUCUUCUUCACCUCUUUCUGUAAAACCAACUCCUUCUCUUCUUUCUGAACCUGUUGCCGAUCCUUCUUCAUCGCCGCCCAACUCCUUGGACAACGGUAUGGACGUCACCAUGGACCUGAAGAGGAAAUUGGCGGACGCGUCCCCGAAGCACACAAAGAAAGGAAAGAAAAAACCUGCUCAUAAGUGAGUUUAGUUUUCAUGCGUGAGUCUUUUUUUGCAAGAGUUUUCUUUUUA